CCGCCCAUCACCGGUGUCCGGUUGUGUUGUCAAUUUGACGUCAACUCGCUGCACUUGCCAUUCAUCAGAAAAUUUAGUUUUAAAAUAUGAAUAUUAAAAGCAUUUAAAAUUAUUCAUUCCAGCCGAUUCUGGCUACAAAAUUUCUGACGACCAUGGACAGUGAAUUGAUUUCGAACAUCAAAAUCGCAAUCGAGCAGGGAAGGUCAGACAUCGUCCGAACCUUGCUUGAAGCCUGUGAUAAAGGCCAAGAGAAUUUGACGAAAGAAAAGGUUUUGAACUCGCCGCUCAUUGAUGACGGAACUCUUCUGCUCUACGCCACAAAACUCGAUCAAGGGGACGUGGUACGCACUUUGCUUUCGGCUGGGGCAGAUCCUGGAAUCCAAAAUACAGCAGGUGAAAAUGCUCUUGACACAGCAAGCACUUCGCACAUGAGGCAAAUCUACGUUGAUGAAUUGCUGAGAGCAACUGGAAAUUCAGAAGUCGGUCGAGUUUGCCAAUUGAUAGCGGCCGGUCUGAGUGUUAACGCCUUUGACAGUGAAGAAAGUAGAAACACUCCGCUUCAUUGGGCUGCUUCUUAUGGAAACAGAGACAUUGUUUCUUGUUUAAUAAAUCGAGGAGCCAAUGUUAAUGCAAUGAACUCGUGUGGAGCGACACCUUUACAUGACGCUGUUUCCCAAAGUAAUUCUGAAAUCGUUGAGGAACUUUUGCAAGGAGGUGCAAAUCCUUUAAUUCAAGCUGUCAGGGGGAAAUUUUCUGGGCAAACGUCUUUAGAUGUAGCUCGAAGCAAACCAGAACUGUCCAGUUUGCUGGAACGCCACACCUCUUUCAACACCAAAGCCAACAACAUGCCAGCCGAAAUGAACGGUGGAAUUUUGACUGAUGAAAGUGGCAGAAUUAGAGCCGCUUCCGUACGUUCACUGUCGAGUGAAGUGUUCGACUGUUAUGACAAUACAAGAAAAAUCUCCCAAAUUUCUUUUGGUCCGUUGUCACCGAACAGCCCUUUGAGCAAAAACAACAUAAGUCCCCAAUUUGAACAUGUUGCUGAGAAAUUAGCCCGAUGUAGUUUGAAAACUCCUGUAGCACCAAUUGUAACUAGGACAAGUCUGCAACUUUUGUGGCCGCAACCUCAAAGAAUUCAAGAGCUACCGGGGCCCAGUUUCGUCCCUGAUGGAAAAGUUCAUGUGAUGGUUCAUCCAAGCUCUGAACCAAUUUUGAAAAUCUUUGAUGUUUGGGAAGCAAACAGAGCUGCUCUCCAGUCCCUUGGGUUUUCAGUCAUGGUCGGAGGAGUUCAUCCGCCUGGUGGUGGACUGGCCAACAAAGAAGUCAACUCUGUCGACUGCUGUGUCAGUGAUAAGAUUUUUCCAUCAACCAAUACAUACCAGCUACAUAUCACAUCAAACAAUAUUAAAAUCAGUGCUGGAAGUUUAUGUGCCUUGCACUAUGCCUUGGUGACUCUCACGCAGCUCUUGCGGCUUGAGUCGGAUGAAGAUGGCUUGUCACCCGUAAUAAUCCAAGACCACCCUGCUCUUAGCCACAGAGGCGCCUUGAUCGACAUUUCUCCACUCAGCCGCAUUCCUUGCUUGGAGUUUUUGUUCCACAAAAUUGAAACUUGGUCCCAGUUGAAGAUGAAUUACCUCCACCUUUACACAAGACUUCGGCCAAGCUCAGACUGGCAGCUUAGUUACUCUAAAAGUGAAUUAAUGAGUGUUGCUCGUUACUGUCAAGAUCGCUUCCUCACCUUAGUGCCUGUUCUGGAUGUCGAGGAUUGCGUUGAGGAGUCGCAACUUUCACUAAUGUGGCCUGUUUUCCAGCAGCUCGUUGCAAGUUUCCCCAACGUAGAAAUGAUCCACAUCGGGCCUCGUCUGAGCAGCCUUUUGCUUCCACAGCAAACGCCAAAUGGUUUUGUCAACGGUGAUAGCUACCACACUUAUACUAAUUCAUUAGGGAUUUCAAAAGUUUGGCAUCUGCUCUCGCUUCCUUCUCACGUCACACUCAUGCUGUGCUGCAACAAUUUGUCACCUACGUACGAUCUGCCUCCUAAUGUGAUUUUGAUGGAGUAUGGUUUCCAGGCUGAUUAUGAUUUUAUGGGACGGGUAAGACCUCACCUUGACAAUGGCAGGGCCAUUUGUCUCUGUCCUGGAACAGCAAGUUGGAACAGUCUUGCUGGUUGUCCAGAGGCUGCCCUUUGCAACAUUUUGACUUCGGUGCAAGUAGCAUCGCAAUCAGGAACCCUAGGCGUCGUCGUAGCAAAUUGGUCAGGGCCUCAUCAUUUGACUCCGCAUCCAUUUUCAUGGCCUGGCUUCGUAGUCGCUGCAGGUCUUUCUUGGAAUACCAGCACUCACUGGGAAUUUGUACAUUCAUCUCUUGCGCCUUUGCUUGAUGCUCACAUAUUUUUGGACACUGAAGGUCACAUUGGGCAAGUGAUUUUGGAACUGGGUCAUGCCGACACCUUGGCUCUUAGAGCGUCGAGAGGUCAGUCGACUGCAGACCAGUCCGAGCUUCCAGCCCCAAAUGGAUCGGUCCUGCAUUGUCUACUCACAGAGCCAGACAAUGUCAGUUUGGAAUUUAUUACUCCAGAAACUCUAGCUAGAGUGAUGAAGCACAUAAAACGCUGCCAGAUCAGUUUGCUGCGAGCUCGAUUGCAAUGCCCUUUUUCUGAAAUGAUUUUGCAAGAACUGCAACUCACUGCAGACCUAAUGGUCACUGCUUGCAGAAUCGGCCGUGCCUUGCUCAGUGUGGGCAUGAACCCUAAUAGCAAUAUGGGUCUCUCUGUGAUAAACCUUGGAGUCACCAAUUUGCCACCAACGUUCCGCACCGACAUUGCCAACAAGCUGUUGGCUUUAAUUGAACAGUACCGAGGCGCUUGGCUGCAGCGACACUUGCCAGCCGGCCUUCAAACAUCUCUCGUGGCCCUAACACAAGUGCUGCACACUUUCGUUCCCGACGACAAUGUCAAUUCCUAAAUUUCCUGAGCAUUUUUAGCUGCAUUCCCAUCUUGUUCCUGUAGCACAAACCAAUUUGCUUUAAAAUAUCAAAAUUGCAAGUUUUGAGACCUUUUAUUCUAAUCAAUUAUUGUGUUUGCUUUUGAGGAAGUCAUCUGUUUUGGUUGUUAACACUACUGAGAGUUGAUAUUUUAGUAUUAAUUUAAUGCUAAUUUAUUUUUUUGAGUCAGUUUCAAUGCUUUAUUCUUUGUAUAAUCAUUAUUUAUGUUACUCCGCAAUAUCUGUUUUGGUCUCACAACUAGCACAUAAUUUAUUUCUUUAUUAUGGUUGUUAAUAUGUGCAGAUAAAUAAAGCUUUUAUUUUCUGGAAA